AGUGUAUCUACUUCCUUUUGGAGGCCAUUACCGUGUGUGUGGUUGAAAACACACGCGUGUGCCGUAAAUUAUACACAAGAAGGUGUAAAAUGAGGAUUGAAAAGUGUUACUUUUGCUCCGGGCCGGUUUAUCCGGGUCACGGGAUGAUGUUUGUGCGCAAUGAUUGCAAGGUAUUUAGGUUCUGCAAGUCAAAAUGUCACAAAAACUUUAAGAAGAAGCGCAACCCAAGAAAGACUAGGUGGACAAAGGCUUUCAGGAAAUCCGCCGGCAAAGAGCUGACUGUGGAUAAUUCGCUUGAGUUCGAGAAGCGCCGAAGUAUUCCAGUUAAAUACCAGAGGCAGCUGUGGAAUAAGACAGUGGAAGCAAUGAAGAGGGUGGAGGAAAUCAAGCAGAAACGACAGGCGCAGUUCAUCGUCAACAGGCUGAAGAAGGGAAGGGAGUUGGAGAAAUCGGAGGCCAUCAGUGAAGUAAAGAAGAACAUUCAUCUGAUCAGAGCCCCCCACGCCGUGAAAGCGAAGAAGAUGGAAGAAAAGAUGGUGCAGAAAUUACAGGAAGAUGUGGAGAUGGGAGAAGAUUAAACCAAGAUGUGGCUCCGCCCCCCCGACAAACAGGGGCGACCCUGAAGUGGCUUCUGGAAGCUGUUUAUAAUGGACUUAUUUGGGGUGCGAUGUCUCCUUGGCCACUGCCGCCUGCGUUAGUUCUGCAUUGGAAGAGCCCCGUCACCCAUGUCCCGUAAGGCACAAAAAGCAACCCUGACCCUGUGAUGGACACAGAACUGCAGCCUCUGCAACCGCGCAUGUCCUGUCUUUGUGGAAAGGUUACAAAUAACUAAUAAAUUUUAUACCUGGUCAAA